ACCGCCUCAGGCCCCUUCCUUCCCCCCCUCAGCCGCUUAAGGCUGCGAGGAAUGGCGGGAGUUGGAGUCCAAAACACCUGGAGAGGAGGCCUAGGUUGGCCCCAGGCCUGCCUCAGGGCCUGCUUCUCUCCAGAGAUCAUCUAGGAAGGUUUUACGAAGGACAUCUGCCAGUAUUAUUUUCUUGAAAGAGGAGAGACUGCAAGAGAUUUUAAAAUGUCCAAAAUAACGACAGAACUGCUGUUGGAAAGAGCCGUGCCCAAGUCGACGAGGCUACGAAAGAUCAAGACUCUCAACCUGUCCAAGCUGCAGAUCACGAAGGAGGACCUGGAGCCGCAGCUGUUUUCCCACCUCCGGCACCUCCAAGAGCUGGACCUCUCCCACAACCUGCUGGAGCGGCUCCCGGACAACCUCAGCCUGCCGAACCUCCGCGUCUUGAACUGCGACAGCAACCACCUGGAGGACGUGGUCUCUCUGCAGCAGUUCCCGCAGCUGGAGGAGCUGACCUACGAGAACAACGUCUACCUGACGCCCAGCGAUGACUACAAAGUCAUGUUUCUCCUGCGAAACCUCCGGCAACUGAACGGCAAGGACAUCACCAAGCUGGCCAAUCAUGUGAGAGUGAUCAAUAGCCGAGAACUGACGACGAGGGUCUCUGCUCACUGGGGGAAAAACUUCCGGAGCCAGUUGCCCAAAACUUUGUCUCCCGAGCAGUUGAAAUCGAUCAGGAAAAAGUUCAUCCGGUCUGCACAAGCCAAUGUAGCCUACGGGCCCAGCUCCCUCAGCGACUUCACCCGAUGGCGGGUGAAAAUGAUUGCAGAGGAAUUCUUGAAUUCGCUCAUCGAUCAGGAAAGUAAAUCGGCCCCUGACGCGGAAGAAGGGAUGGAAGAAGAAGAGGAGGAAGAAGAAGAAGAGGAAGAAGAAGAAGUGGAGAAGAAAAAGGAGGAAGAGGAGGAAGAGGAGGAGGAGGAAGACGGCAAGGAAGAAGAAAGUAAACACAUUGAAGAGAUUGUAAACAAAGUCACGACUAAGAGCGCGGCCGCCCCCGGGAAGAGGAAAGGCUCCCGCGCCAAAGGGGGGGCCUCGUCGGCCGCCGGGAAGAAGCGCCGCCCCCAGGAAGAGCCCUCCUCCCCGCCCACCGCCAAGAAGCCGCCCGCCCGGGGGCAGGAGGCCAAGGAGACCCCCGCCAGGCCGGACCCCGGAGGGGCCACGCACCGCAACGGAGCGGGAAGGCCGGCCAAAGCACAGGGACACAAGCGGGCCGCGCAUGCGCAGGAGGAGCACAAGGAGGAGGAGGAGGAGGAGGAGGAGGAGGGAGACGAAGAAGAGGAGGAAGAAGAAGAAGAAGAAGAAGGGGAAGACGACAAGAGGGAUGUCUGCCGCACCCCCGUCAAGGACUUGGAAGGAGAGGAGACAAUCAGCCUGGAGCCGGUCCAUUUCCUCCAGUGUCACAGUAAAGGCAACAACAGAGACGACUUCAAGACCCAGUUGUGGGCCUGCGUCUUUGAGCCGCCGCUGGAUUGCGGGACAAGAAAAGACCCGGUGGUGAGCUCCUCCCGGACAGCCGCGACCUGCGGUGGGGACUCGGUCUGUUUGGUGGACUGCGAGACGGGCAUCGUCUUGAAAAAGUACAAAGUGGCCGGAGAGGAGUUCUACACGGUGGCGUGGACGACUCUGACCAUGGCGACCAGCGACGGGAGGAAGAAGAAGCACAACGUCCUGGCGGCGGCCGGGAGGAGAGGCAUCGUGAAGCUCAUCCACGUGACGGCCGACUACUGCUACGGGGAGAUCAAGGCCCACAAGAAGCCCAUCGCCACCGCCUGCUUCAGCCCCGUCAACGAGACACACCUCUUCACCGCAUCCUAUGACAAGAAAAUCUGCAUGUGGGACAUUGGCGUGCCGGACUGUGACUACAACUUCAAGGAAAGGCAGCUGCUGGUGCUGGAGACGGUGUCCACGCCGCUGCGCAUUGCGCUGGUGCCCUCCUGCCCCGACCGGUACGUGGUGGCCGGCUGCGAACAGGGCUGCUUCGCCUGGGACAUCCGCCUGGACGACAAGCAGCCCAAGAACAGGCCUUUCGAGGUGGAAUUUCAGUUCCCGAACAACGCGGGGAACGAGACCUCCAACCAUCGAGUGGACGGCCUGGCUUUCCUGAACGAAGACAUCGUGGUGACCAAGAGUUCCAAGACGGGCUCCAUCAACCUCUGGAGCUGGAGCCGCUCCUUCAAGCAAGGGAAGGGCGGGCGGAGAGCCGUGCCGGCGGUCAUCCUGGCCGAACUGGAGUGGUCAUCCACCGACCUGCCUUACCUCACCCUUAGCACCUGCCCAAAAGAGUACGUGUUCUGCGGCGACGAGAAGGGCAGCGUCUGGAUGUACGACCUCAGCAACCACUUGUCGGCCCUGAGCGUCACCAAGGAAGACUCCACCACCACCACGAUAGGCCCUUCACAGGUGCUGAAGUGGCCGGAGCUGAAGGCCAACGGGGAGCUGCUGACCGACGUGCUGGUCAACAACGUGGUCACGGACCCCACCUUCACGUACCUGGUCGCCCUGACCGACGUCAACAUCGCUGCAAUAUGGAAGAAGGCCUAGCGGACCAGGGGACGGGACAGGACGGGACCCUCUUUUUUUUCAGUAGUAUUUGCAGUAUUUGUGACCGUUCUCAGAAUAAACUGGGGAGGGGGGCGGGGUGGGGGUGGGGGUCUUGGAAACGUCACGUGUUAUUAUCACCAAUGCAAAGGGACGGCCCACACACAUCUCUCUCUCUCUUAACUGUGACUUUUACUUUACUUGGUGUAUUAAGUGUAUUUGUUUUAUAGAAGGACGGUAUUUAAUAAAUCUUGAUACGAGGUAACCGUGAAAAACA